AUGCUAGACGUCUUGGAACCGCACAGCAACAACAACAACAACAAUGGGAGCGUGAACAGAGUCGCGGGACAAAGCGUGACCAAUUUUACAAUAGAUCAAAUUCUUCGGCCAGAGUUUGGCAAACGGGUCACAGGACACAGCUCAAAUACAGGCCUUUUUCGGCCAAAUUUGGCCAUUUUCCCCAGACUUGUUGAUUACUUUUCAGGAACCAUUCCUUACCCGUUGCAUGUGAGACCUGCAGACAAACGUGUUGCUAAGAGGUGUAAAGUAGAACCCGUAGAACUGACAAACACUGAGUAUCAGUUUGGAGACACAUCCAAGACUGCUUGUCAAGAUACCGAUUCUAAACCCAUCCAAGGAAGCCCAUCUACGCUAAAAACUUCAUCCAGGCUACCUGAGACAAUACCUGGCGGCGUGAAAAAAGACGACUGGCCAGCGUGGGUAUACUGUACUCGUUACUCCGACCGCCCCUCAUCAGGCCCGCGAUCAAGAAAGCACAAACGAAAAUCCAAACUUGCUGACGAAAAACGGCCAAGGACUGCGUUCACCAGCGAGCAGCUCCAAGUGCUUAAAAGAGAGUUUGGAGAAUGUCAGUAUCUAACAGAAGCCCGGCGACAAAGUCUGUCCAGUGAAUUGAAACUGAACGAGUCUCAAAUCAAAAUCUGGUUCCAAAACAAACGUGCCAAACUUAAGAAAAGUUCCGCUGAAAGAGGAUCCUUGGCCAAACAUCUUUUGGCUGAAGGACUUUACAAUCAUUCCACAAACAGUUCAGGACAAACUCAAGAUUCUACCGACACCAAAUCAUUUGUUGGGUGA